GAGACUGUUCAUGCCCAACCGCAGUAUUUAAGGUUCUCAAUUUUGUUUUCUCGAUCUCACAAAAAAAAGUUUUUGUUUGCUCUUUGGGUUUGGGUUCGGGUGAUUUCGUUGCUUCUCGCAAGUUCCUGUCCGACCUCGUUUUCCAGAAUCGUUAAUCGUCAAUGGGAUCUGCCACUCGUUUGAACCCUUCCUCCGCCGCCGAUGACGCCGUCGCAUCUGCUUCCGGCGAGCCCGUGAACCCCGUCAUUGAUUCCUCCUCUGAUGGUGUGGAUACAAAGAAAGGGAGAAAAGGAACUGCAGUUACAAAGGGUAAGGAGAAAAAGACUGGGCAGACAAAGAAGAGAGGUCGUCAAGAUUCUGCUGAGUUACAUGAUGUGCCCAGGAGGAGACCAAGGAGAGCUGCUGCCUGCACAAAUUUCAAGGAAAAAUCUGUUCGAAUGUCUGAAGCAUCUUGUCUUGUUGAAUCAAAGAAGGAGCAGUAUGCUGAGGAAGAAAUUCUCGCAAUACGCCUAACUUCUGCUCGGAACGAUGAAGCUCGCCCAAACAGGAAACUAACUGACUUCGUCUUGCAUGAUUCAAAUGGGGUUCCACAGCCUGUUGAGAUGUUAGAAGUUGAUGACAUGUUCAUCUCGGGUCUCAUCUUGCCGCUCGAAGAAAGUUCUGACAAGGAAAAACAAAAAGGCAUCAGAUGCCAUUUCUUUGGCCGGGUGGAAACUUGGAGUAUCUCUGGUUAUGAAGAUGGCUCUCCAGUGAUCUGGCUCUCUACUGAUUUGGCAGACUACGAUUGCCACAAACCUGCUAACACCUACAAGAAUAUUUUUUGCUAUUUUGUUGAGAAGGCACGUGCUUCGGUGGAUGUGUACAAGAAAUUGUCUAAGGCUUCAGGAGGGGAUCCUGAUGUCAGUCUUGAUGAGUUGCUAGCUGGGGUUGUUAGGUCGAUGAUUGGAAACAAGAGCUUUUCCAGUGGGGCCGCUGUCAAAGAAUUUGUCAUAUCCCAAGGCGAAUUCAUAUAUAACCAACUGGCUGGCUUGGACGAAACCGCAAAGAAGAAUGAUACAAAUUUUGCGGAGAUUCCCGUUCUCGUUGCUCUCAGAGAUGAGAGUAGCAAACAUGAAAAUUUUGCCCAAAUGGACACAAAAUCUUCCAGUGGGGCUCUGAAGAUUGGUGGAAAUGCCGCGGAUGUAGAGAACAGGGCCUUAACCUCUGAUCAAACCGAUGCUGCUGAGGAUGAUGAAAAGCUGGCCAAAGUUCUGCAAGAUGAAGAAUAUAGAAAAUCCAUGAGGCCCAGGAAAAAUAGCCGCUCAGUUGCUGCGUCGAAUAAGUUCUACAUAAAGAUCAAUGAAGAUGAGAUAGCAAAUGACUAUCCACUCCCAUCAUAUUAUAAGAACUCCAAAGAAGAAACCGACGAGCUAAUAGUUUUUGACGCUGAGUAUGAGGAAUAUGACACUGACCACCUCCCUCGCAGUAUGCUUCACAAUUGGGCGUUGUACAACUCUGACUCAAGGUUGAUUUCCUUGGAGCUUCUUCCCAUGAAGCCGUGUGCUGAUAUUGAUGUCACUAUUUUUGGGUCUGGAAUAGUGACUGACGAUGAUGGAAGCGGGUUUUGCCUUGAGACAGAUUCUGGUUCUUCAGGGGGUUCGCAAUCCCAGGAUCCUGAUGGCAUGCCCGUAUUUCUGAGUCAAAUCAAAGAGUGGAUGAUCGAGUUUGGCGCGUCGAUGAUCUUCAUAUCGAUCCGAACAGAUAUGGCCUGGUAUCGGCUUGGGAAACCUUCAAAGCAGUACUCCCCAUGGUAUGAACCUGUUAUGAAAACAGCAAGAAUUGCGAUUAGCAUUAUUACUCUGCUGAAGGAGCAAAGUAGAGUUGCGAGGCUUUCAUUUGCAGAUGUCAUAAAGAAAUUGGCAGAGUUCAAGAAGGAUGAUAAAGCUUACAUUUCCUCUGAUCCUGUAGUUGUCGAGAGAUAUGUGGUCGUCCACGGGCAAAUAAUUCUGCAGCUUUUUGCAGAAUUCCCGGAUAAGGAUAUCAAAAGAUGCCCAUUUGUUGUUGGUCUUGCAGACAAAAUGGAGGCGAGGCACCACACCAAAUGGGUAGUCAAAAAGAAGAAAAUCUUGCUGAAAGAGCCAAAUCUGAAUCCAAGGGCAGGUAUGGCACCUGUGGCAUCCAAGAGAAAGGCUAUGCAAGCGACAACCACUCGAUUGAUCAACAGAAUCUGGGGGGAGUAUUACUCCAAUUACUCUCCAGAGGAUUCUGCACAGGUCAAUGAAGAGGCAAAAGAGGAGGACGAAGCCGAAGAUCAGGAUGAGAAUGAGGAAGAUGAUGCUGAAGAUAAUCUUCAGGAAUCAGACAAGGCUGAGAAAUCUCCUCCUUCUCUGAAGAAAAUCCGGGCCAGUUCUGGGAAGAAGGAAAUAAGGUGGGAUGGGGAGCCAAUAGGAAAAAAGUCUGCCGAUGAGCCUCUAUAUAGACAAGCAUCCGUUGGUGGGGAAAUGAUUGCUGUGGGUGGUGCUGUCUUGUUGGCUGAGGAAUCGAACGAAUUCCCUGCCAUCUAUUUCGUGGAGUACAUGUUUGAGAGAUUAGAUGGCUGCAAAAUGUUUCAUGGAAGACUCAUGUGUAGAGGAUCCCAGACUGUUCUUGGAAAUGCAGGUAAUGAGAGGGAACUGUUUCUAACGAAUGAAUGUAUGAGUUUUGAGUUGAAGGACAUAAAGGGAACAGCUCUUCUUGAAAUUAGAUCUAGGCCAUGGGGGCAUCAAUGCAGGAAAGAGAACGCUAAUGCCGAUAAGCUUGACCUAGCAAGAGCGGAAGAAAGAAAAAGGAAAGAACUGCCAACAGAGUAUUACUGCAAAAGCUUAUACUGGCCAGAGAGAGGGGCAUUCUUUAGUCUUCCAUUGGGUGAUAUGGGCCUCGGUUCUGGAUCAUGCAGAUCCUGCGCAAUAAGGGAGGAGGAAGAGAAAAAAGAAUCAUUCAAACUCAAUGCUUCCAAGUCAGGGUUCUUCUGCAAUGGAGUUGAGUACUCAACGAAUGAUUAUGUCUAUGUCAACUCUGGCUACUUUAAUGGAGAGAAGGCAGAGAGUGAAACGUUUAAGUCUGGGAGGAAUGUUGGGCUAAGGGCAUUUGUUAUUUGCCAGUUAUUGGAAAUCAUUGUUCCGCAGGGAGCUAGAAGAAAGGGUGAACUGAGUUCCACCGAGGUUAAAGUGAGGAGGUUUUAUAGGCCUGAAGAUAUUUCCGCCGAGAAGGCGUAUGCUUCAGACAUUCAAGAGGUCUAUUACAGCGAAGAAACACAUGUACUGUCUACAGAGGCUAUAGAAGGGAAAUGUGAAGUCAGAAAGAAAAAUGAUAUGCCUUCAUGCAGUGGAUAUGUGAUAUCAGACCAUAUCUUCUUUUGUGAAUAUCAGUAUGAUCCUGUUAAAGGCUCCCUUAAGCAGUUACCCGCCAAUAUCAAGCUGAGGUACUCAACUAGAAUGGGUGGGGAUGAUGCUGCUUUGAGAAAGAAAAAAGGUAAGGGUAUAGAGGGGGAAACUGAUUCAGGGACUGUGAAGGUAGAAGAAGAGACACCCAAAGAGACGCGUCUUGCUACACUAGAUAUUUUCGCAGGUUGUGGUGGUCUGUCUGAAGGUCUGGAAAAAGCGGGUGUAUCUUCAACAAAGUGGGCGAUUGAAUAUGAAGAACCAGCUGGGGAUGCUUUCAAACUUAACCAUCCUGAAUCAACAGUGUUUGUUAACAACUGCAAUGUGAUUCUUAGGGCUAUAAUGGAGAAGUGUGGUGAUUUAGAUGAUUGUAUCUCCACCUCAGAGGCUGCUGAACUCGCAGCUUCACUUGCUGAGGAGCAGAAAAGUGCUCUGCCGCUUCCAGGCCAGGUGGAUUUCAUCAAUGGAGGACCUCCAUGCCAGGGAUUUUCUGGUAUGAACAGGUUUAACCAAAGCACUUGGAGCAAAGUUCAGUGUGAAAUGAUACUAGCAUUCUUAUCUUUUGCUGAUUAUUUCCGGCCGAGGUAUUUUCUCCUGGAGAAUGUCAGAAACUUUGUGUCCUUCAAUAAAGGACAGACAUUUCAUUUGACUUUGGCUUCACUUCUCCAAAUGGGUUAUCAGGUGAGAUUUGGAAUCUUAGAGGCUGGUGCAUAUGGAGUUUCUCAAUCCCGUAAACGAGCAUUCAUUUGGGCAGCUGCACCAGAUGAGAUUCUUCCAGAAUGGCCUGAGCCAAUGCAUGUCUUUGGUGUUCCAGAGUUGAAGAUCCCAUUAUCUGGGGGUGCCCAUUAUGCUGCUGUUCGUAGUACUGCAAAUGGUGCGCCUUUCCGUCCCAUCACUGUGAGAGAUGCUAUUGGCGAUCUUCCACCAGUGGGCAAUGGAGCCUCCAAGUUGAACAUGGAGUAUCAAAGUGAACCAAUCUCAUGGUUCCAAAAGAAGAUCAGAGGAAACAUGGCUGUCCUAACUGAUCACAUCUCGAAAGAGAUGAACGAACUGAAUCUCAUCCGGUGUCAGAGGAUCCCUAAGAGACCGGGUGCUGAUUGGCGUGAUCUCCCAGAUGAAAAGGUGAAAUUGUCGAAUGGGCAAAUGGUGGAUUUGAUACCAUGGUGCCUACCAAACACAGCAAAGCGACACAACCAGUGGAAGGGGCUGUUUGGGAGAUUGGAUUGGGAAGGCAACUUCCCGACUUCCAUCACUGACCCUCAACCUAUGGGUAAAGUUGGAAUGUGUUUCCACCCUGACCAAGACAGAAUCCUCACUGUCCGCGAAUGUUCUCGCUCUCAGGGUUUCCCGGAUAGCUAUCAGUUCUCGGGUAACAUACAGCACAAGCAUCGACAGAUAGGAAACGCUGUUCCUCCACCGCUUGCUUAUGCUCUUGGCCUCAAGCUCAAAGAAGCCGUCCAGCCUCAGCUUCAAUCCCUGAAUCAAUAAUAUCCCCAGAAUUUGGUAACUUGUGAAGAUGGGGAAAUAUUUUAAGAGAGAUUGAGAAAAACAACAACAAAGAGAUAAUUGGUUAGCAUGUCUUUGUAUAUAGUCCUCUUUGGCAUUUGGAAACUCUCACCCUUCUACUAAUAAUGUGGCUUUCCCCCCCUUGUUUCAUUCA